AUUCGUGUGUGUGUGUGUCUCUCUCUUCUAUUCCCUCCCUUCAACUUCCCCUUCUCUUCUCACUUCUCACUUUAUUCCCUCACUCACUCUCUCAUUCCUAUUCCCAUGCCUAACCCUUAUCCAUCAACAACAUUGAACAUGUUUCUAACUAAUGCUUAGGGUUCCUCUUUUACCUCAAUGCUUCACACCAACUUCACUUUCUCCUCAAAGUUAAACCUCCCUAUUCCUUCCUUCUACCUCAAGCUCCUCUUCUUUUCUCAUUCUCUCCCUUUUUCCCUUUCAUUUUUCAUCCAUUCCACUCAGCACUCAAAGAAAACCACCCCUAAUUUCAGCCUCCCUAGUGGGGUUCCCUUUUUCCUAAAAAAAAUUUAAUCUUUCACAAGUUUCUGUCGAAGGUGAAAAAAGGAAAGGAGGAACAGUGUGGUGGGGGGGUUUGUUUUUUUCUUAGCUGGUAAAGAGACGAGAGUUUCCUGUUCAAAAUUUGGAACCAUUAGCUGCAAUUUUAAUGAAAGGGAGUUUUUUUCUUUCUUUCUCUGAGCUGUUUCCACGGUAGAACUUGAGGAACCAAUACCGGUGGUUGCACAAAAAUACGCACUCUUUUUCUGUCUCUAUUCAUUUCCCUUUAACGUUGCCCAGCAUUUCAUAUGCCAAGCCACCGCCUUUACUAGGACCAACCCAACAACCUCACUUUUCUCUUCUUCUGGUUUGUUCCACCUUUCUUCUUUGACACUGUGGGAAACAUGGCCAUGGCUGUGGCUCAACACAGAGAGAGCAGUAGCAGUGGUAGCAUUGAGAAGCACCUUGACUCUGGCAAGUAUGUGAGGUACACUGCUGAACAAGUUGAGGCUUUGGAAAGGGUCUAUGCUGAGUGCCCUAAGCCUAGUUCCCUCAGGAGACAGCAAUUGAUCAGGGAGUGCCCCAUUCUUUCCAACAUAGAGCCUAAGCAAAUCAAGGUUUGGUUCCAGAAUCGCAGGUGUAGAGAGAAGCAGAGAAAAGAGGCUUCCCGGCUUCAGACUGUGAACCGCAAACUCACAGCAAUGAACAAGUUGUUGAUGGAGGAAAAUGAUCGGUUGCAGAAGCAGGUGUCACAGCUUGUGUGUGAGAAUGGGUAUAUGCGGCAGCAAUUGCAUACAACGUCAGCAGCAACUACUGAUGCUAGUUGUGAUUCGGUGGUUACUACUCCUCAGCAAUCCAUGAGAGAUGCUAAUAACCCUGCUGGACUCCUAUCAAUUGCAGAGGAUACCUUGACAGAGUUCCUUUCAAAGGCUACGGGAACUGCUGUCGAUUGGGUCCAGAUGCCUGGGAUGAAGCCUGGUCCGGAUUCGGUUGGGAUCUUUGCCAUUUCACAAAGUUGCAGUGGAGUGGCAGCUCGAGCCUGUGGUCUUGUUAGUUUAGAACCUACGAAGAUUGCAGAGAUCCUUAAAGAUCGUCCAUCUUGGUUUCGGGACUGUCGGAGCCUAGAAGUUUUCACUAUGUUUCCUGCCGGAAAUGGAGGAACCAUUGAACUUGUUUACACACAGACGUAUGCCCCAACAACACUGGCUCCUGCUCGGGAUUUCUGGACUCUGAGAUACACCACAAGUUUGGAAAAUGGAAGUCUUGUGGUUUGUGAGAGGUCCCUGUCUGGUUCUGGCACAGGCCCUAAUCCAGCUGCUGCUGCUCAGUUUGUGAGGGCUGAAAUGCUCCCUAGUGGUUACUUGAUUCGACCAUGUGAGGGUGGAGGGUCAAUCAUCCACAUAGUAGAUCACCUAAAUCUUGAGGCGUGGAGUGUGCCAGAAGUGCUUCGACCACUUUAUGAAUCAUCAAAGGUGAUAGCUCAGAAAAUGACAAUUGCGGCACUUCGCUAUAUCCGGCAAAUAGCUCAAGAAACAAGUGGUGAAGUGGUUUAUGGAUUGGGUAGGCAGCCUGCUGUUUUGCGAACUUUCAGCCAGAGAUUGAGCAGAGGCUUCAAUGAUGCUGUUAAUGGAUUCAAUGAUGAUGGGUGGACUGUACUUAACUGUGAUGGUGCUGAGGAUGUAAUUAUUGCAGUUAAUUCAACCAAAAAUUUGAGUGGCACUUCUAAUCCAGCGAGUUCUCUCACAUUCCUUGGAGGAAUCCUCUGUGCGAAAGCUUCUAUGUUGCUCCAAAAUGUCCCUCCUGCAGUUUUGGUUCGCUUUCUGAGGGAACACCGCUCUGAGUGGGCUGAUUUCAAUGUUGAUGCUUACUCUGCUGCAUCACUAAAAGCUGGCACCUAUGCCUAUCCAGGGAUGAGGCCAACAAGAUUCACUGGCAGUCAAAUAAUCAUGCCUCUUGGCCAUACAAUUGAACACGAAGAGAUGCUUGAAGUUAUUAGGCUUGAAGGCCACUCUCUUGCUCAAGAAGACGCUUUUGUUUCUAGGGACAUUCAUCUCUUACAGAUAUGUAGUGGAAUUGAUGAGAAUGCUGUGGGGGCAUGUUCUGAGCUCAUAUUUGCUCCAAUUGAUGAAAUGUUCCCAGAUGAUGCUCCAUUGGUGCCUUCUGGUUUCCGCAUCAUUCCAUUGGAUUCAAAACCAGGUGAUAAAAAGGAUACAAUGACUACAAAUCGGACCCUGGAUUUGACAUCUGGUUUUGAAGUGGGUCCGGCAACAGCAAAUGGUGCCGAUGCAUCAUCAAGUCAUAACACUCGAUCAGUGUUGACUAUUGCCUUUCAAUUCCCUUUUGACAGCAGCUUGCAAGAUAAUGUUGCAGUCAUGGCACGGCAAUAUGUCCGAAGUGUAAUUUCCUCUGUGCAGAGGGUUGCCAUGGCUAUUUCUCCAUCUGGUAUCAACACACCCGUUGGAGCAAAACUUUCUCCUGGUUCUCCAGAGGCUGUUACACUAGCUCACUGGAUCUGCCAGAGCUAUAGUUACUAUUUGGGGUCCGACUUACUGAGUUCAGACUCUCUUGUUGGUGACAUGAUGCUGAAACAUCUGUGGCAUCAUCAGGAUGCCAUUCUGUGUUGUUCGCUGAAGUCGUUACCAGUGUUCAUAUUUGCAAAUCAGGCUGGCCUUGACAUGUUGGAAACAACGCUAGUGGCUUUACAAGACAUCACAUUGGAUAAAAUAUUUGAUGAGUCUGGACGCAAGACAUUGUUUGCUGACUUUGCUAAGUUAAUGCAACAGGGAUUUGCUUAUCUGCCAGCUGGAAUCUGCAUGUCCACCAUGGGACGGCAUGUUUCAUAUGACCAAGCCAUUGCAUGGAAAGUGCUCACUGGGGAAGAUAACACUGUUCAUUGCUUGGCUUUCUCUUUCAUAAAUUGGUCUUUUGUAUGAAAUUCCAAUUCGUGUGCCUUGCUUUUUCCCACUUGAACAUAAAAAUGAAAGGGUUUAAGAAGAGACAGAUAAAUUUGGAGGGAAAAAGAAAAUUCCUAAAUUUUUGUUCAUCUACUACAACACAGGAUCAGGUUUGCAUUUAAUUCGAUUUAAUUUAUUUCUUAUUUAGUGCAGAGACCAAAUUGAAUUAAUCUUGUAAAUUAUUUAGUGCUAGAGUGAAGUCGAGACUCGAAUGACGUGGAGUAUUCCGUUUUUUUGUCUUUAUUAUCUUUAAUCUCGUCUUAACUCGUGAGACUGACUCAAUGCAUCCCCAAUGGAGUAUCGUCUUGUAUGUAGUUAUGUAUCCUUCAACUGAGGUAAGGUGCACUACAAGUGUGAUGUGACUAAAGUGCAUCUGUAUUUUGUAAUGUUACUACACAGUCCAUAGUGUGACUAAUUCAAGACAUCCUUAACCUACUUGUCUCAAUUUUGACAUCCCCAUGUUUUUCUGUGUCGAGAGAUGUAUUAAUCUCACUUUUUUACAGGUUUUCCUUUGUACUAAUAAAACGACGUUUUAAAAAUGGACAAAU